AUUCUCACACCUUUUUUUUCUUUCUUUCUAUCUCUUCCUCAUGCUCUGUUAGUCAAUCAAUUACGGCUUCACGCUCUCUUCAACCACGCCUCCUAAAAUGCACUGCAAGUUCAGUCCACGCGUAUUCACUACUCUGAGCUUGGUUCCUCUUUUUUCCAACACAAAAUUGAUGACCCACCAUUCUUAAACACUUGGAUUCACCUUCUUUUCCGAUAAGUUCUAGAUUGAAGUUCUUUUACUUGGACUUUUCAAGCCAUUUGUGCGAUGUUUUGGGUCAAAAUCAGAUCUACUACUUCAGCUGAGCAGUAGAUCUCGGAGUUCUUCUCCUUGCAGCGGAAUAGGUGGCGCCAUGGUGGUGGAGCCUUGGAUACUAAAAAUGGGAAACCAGGUAAGCUCCAAUCUCAAGCAUGCCCUUCAUGCUGAAACUUCUAAGAAAGCAAGCAAAAAACAAGAGCAAACCAAAGAGAUUAUUGGGAUUUUGUCCUUUGAAGUAGCUAAUGUAAUGUCGAAAACAGUUCAUCUGCAUAAAUCUUUAACUGACCCAGAAAUCUCCAAGCUGAAAAACGAGAUCUUGAAGUCCGACGGCAUUAGGGCCCUCAUAUCAGGAAAUGAAACCCAGCUCCUGGAGCUGGCUUUAGCUGAAAAGCUUGAGGAGCUGAACUGGGUCUCCGGGGUUGUCUCAAGAUUGGGCAAGAAGUGUACCAUCCCAGCACUGCAAGGGUUUGAGCAUGUGUAUGGGGAUAUAGUGAGUGGAGUGAUAGAUGUGAGGGAAUUGGGGUUUUUAGUGAAGGAUAUGGAGGGGAUGAUAAGGAAAAUGGAGAGGUAUGUUAACUCAACGGCGGGUCUCUAUAGUGAAAUCGAGGUGUUGAAUGAAUUGGAACAGGCGACAAAGAAGUUUCAACAGAAUCAACUCGAAGAGAGUCGAAAGGCGUUCGAGCAGAAACUGGUGUGGCAAAAACAAGAUGUGAGGCAUUUGAAGGAUGCUUCGCUGUGGAACCAGAGUUAUGAUAAGGUUGUGGAGUUGUUGGCGAGGACUGUGUGUACUAUAUAUGCACGGAUUUGGUUGGUGUUUGGGGACAGAAUUGCGAGAAAGGACUUUAUUAGUGGGGCACUUUCAGGGGCACAGUUUGAUUUCAGUGGGAGUUUACAUCAUGUGAGGAAUGAAUGUGGCAAGAAGUCUGGGCAGAUUGAUGUACAAUGUAAUGUUCAGAUGGGUGUUGAGUCACCAAGACAGGUUUUGAGGAACAAUUAUGGUUACCGUCAUUCAGGGCCAAUAGAAAGAGCCAUGGUGGAGAAGAAGGGCAUGAGCAUUAGGCCUCAAGGGAUGUCGCAGAGGGGUGAGGUAGGGUUGUUUAGGUCGGGGGAUUUUGAUGUUGCAUGUGGAAUGGGGCCGGGGAGGCUAUUUAUGGAGUGCCUUAAUUUGAGCAGUUCUGCUUCAAAAGUGGAUGAUGAUGAUGAUGUUGGCUAUGAUGACCGAAGUAGUCAAAUUUCAGGGUGUUGUAGUGUUGCAAGUUGUGGGAAGAGAGAGCACCCAAAUUAUUCAGGUUGCUUUAAUCGCUCCCAAAUUGGUGUUCCUUUCAGUGGAGAGCAAGGACAGUUUAAGGGUAGCAUAACAAACAGUGCAAAAUUUGGCUCCAAAAGUAGAUUAAUGGUAUAUGCCCCUCCUAGCACUGUUGGAGGCUCUGCUUUAGCCUUGCAUUAUGCGAAUGUCAUAAUAGUUAUUGAGAAGCUGCUUCGCUACCCUCAUUUGGUUGGUGAGGAAGCUAGAGAUGAUCUGUAUCAGAUGUUGCCUACGAGCUUAAGACAAACUUUGAAGGCUAAUCUGAAGUGUUAUGUGAAAGACCUGGCAAUCUAUGAUGCUCCUCUGGCCCAUGAUUGGAAAGAGAAGCUUGAUGAGAUAUUGAGGUGGCUUAGCCCAUUGGCACAUAACAUGAUCAGAUGGCAAAGUGAGCGCAAUUUUGAACAGCAACAAAUCGUGAGGCGCACAAAUGUUCUCCUGCUCCAGACCUUGUAUUUUGCUGAUAGGGCAAAAACAGAGGCCGCUAUUUGUGACCUUCUGGUUGGGUUGAAUUAUAUAUGUCGUUAUGAGCACCAGCAAAAUGCUUUAUUGGAUUGUGCAAGCAGUUUCGAUUUUGAUGACUGCAUGGAGUGGCAACUGCAGUAUUCAACUUCUUAUCAUUCUUGA